GCGACGGAAGUGUGCGCACGCUAUCACGACCUUCCUGACAAGAAGGAAAGCAAAUAAUGUAAGAACUGAUAUCAUAACGUCAGAGCUCUUAUUUAUUUCUGUUUGCCAGCAUCAUGUUUCGUGCCACGUUGGCGAUAUGUGGAAGAACCGUUGUUAAAAGGUUCAUCUCAUCUGUGUCUGGAGAAAACGCACUUCCACCAAAUCUCAGACUGCCACCAAACCUCAUUGGAGUCGCAGCAGAAAAGCGGCCUCCUCCCUCCGGCUCUGAACUUCCAGUUGUGCGCAGAUGUGAGGCUGAUAUCCCAGCUCACCUGACACCCGCGCAGACCUGGCUGGAGUCUUUGGGAAGUCGUGACAGUGACCAGCUCGGUGUGAUUGACCUGCACCCUGACGUCUUCUCCGUGCCAAUCAGACUGGAUAUUCUCCAUGCUGUUGAGGUUUGGCAACGUAAUUUCAAACGAAUAAGCUACGCAAAAGUCAAGACAAGAGCAGAAGUUCGAGGUGGAGGCAGAAAACCUUGGCAACAGAAAAGAACUGGCCGAGCGCGACAUGGAAGCAUUCGUUCUCCACUAUGGAGAGGAGGAGGAAUUAUUCAUGGUCCACGAGGGCCAACCAGUUAUUAUUACAUGCUGCCCAUGAAGGUACGGGUGCAGGGGCUGAAAAUCGCCCUGACUGCCAAACUGGCCCAGGAUUACCUUCAUAUUGUGGACUCAUUGGAGAUUCCCACUCCAGACCCGCACUACCUCCAGGACCUGAUCAAACACAGACAGUGGGGGGAUUCAGUUCUCAUUGUUGACGUAGGUGAUGAAUUUCCUCAAAACAUUCUUAAGGCGACUGAAGAUCUGAAAACAGUGAACAUCAUUCCAGCUCUGGGUCUCAACGUCCACAGUUUGUUGAAACAUGAGAGUCUGGUUCUCACUCUGGAGGCUGUCAAAUUCCUUGAAAAGAAGCUUCUCUGGCAUGAUGUGCGUUACACUCCCCUGUAUCCCUUCAAACUCCCAUACAGCGACCUGCCAUGAACAGCACAGACUUCAGUGGAUUAAAAUGUUUAUUUCAUAAAAACAA